AUGGUUCAAGUUGGAGAAAAGAGACUGUUGCAGUUGUACGAGUUGGAGGAAUUUCGCUAUCAUGCCUAUGAGAACGCGAAAAUGUACAAAGACAGAACGAAGAGAAUUCACGACAAACGCAUCCAACCUCGUGACUUUGUGCCCAGACAGUUAGCCUUGUUGUAUAACUCUAGGCUGAAGAUUUUCGGAGGGAAGUUGAAAAGUAAGUGGUCAGGGCCGUUUGAAGUCGUUCGGGUAACCACACAUGGGGCGAUUAAGCUGAAGCUGCUGAAUGCAGAGCGGACAUUCUUGGUAAAUGAGCAGAGAGUCAAGCACUAUUUUGGAGAGGUCAUCAAUCCGGAGAAGACCUCGAUGGAUCUAGAGGAGGCUUGA